GAGCGGGGCGGGCCCCGGGCCGGGCCCGAUCCUGCGCCGCGAUCGUGCGGCCGCCGCCGGGCGCGAUGCUGAGGCGGAAACCGACGCGUCUGGAGCUGAAGCUGGACGACAUCGAGGAGUUCGAGAGCAUCCGGAAGGACUUGGAGAGCCGCAAGAAGCAGCGGGAGGACGCGGAGGCGGCGGCGGGCGGGGACGAGGCGGCGGCGGGCGGCAUCGCGCUGGGCGGCGACCACAAGAGCCGCGAGCAGAUCAUCAAUGACCGUAUCGGCUACAAGCCGCAGCCCAAGGCCGGCGGCCGCGCCGCACACUUCGGCACCUUCGAGUUCUGAGAGCGGGGCCGGGCCCGCAGCGCCGCGGCCCGGGACACGGGAGGGCAGCCGCGACGGGCCCCGGGGCCGCGCCUCUCCACCCCCGCUCCCUGGUGGUGCUUUUUAUUUGUUUUGCACGGUUAAUACGCCUGUGAACGCCCCUUGGCCAAGUGUUUUUGUUUUAAACAAAUACGUGUUUUGUUAAAAAAAAAGGAGAAACGCUGAA